GAGAGCAGCAAAUCCCUUUUUUAUUCCUCUUGUAGUGCUCAAUAAGAGAAGAAUGUGUCGCCUAUCACUCACCGAGGGGAUCAAGUCUUCGGGACUGUCCCACGCGCUCAAUGCGCUGCUGUGCAGAGCAGAGUUAGACAGAGAGAGCACGUGAAGAGAACAGCAGCAGCAGCAUCCAGCAGCCUAGACUGGAAAGACACUUCAGCACUACAGAGGAGGACUCAUUUAGCAACCUGUUUCCUCUGUCUGACUGUCUCCUCACCAGAUUCAUUUCAGGCAAUUAUUAUAGGACAGGCUCCUCGUUGCUUUUUCACCUCCAAAGUCCCUCUCUUUGGAAUGUGGUGUGACACAAUGAGGAUCCUCGCACUGCUUCUGGGGGUGAAAGCCGCGUGCAUCCUGCUGGUUUCCUCGCUCUCAGGCACGGGGGCAGUCAACAAUAGCGGCCGGUGGUGGGGGAUUGUGAAUGUGGCCUCCUCUGCCAACCUCCUCACCAACUCCAAGAAUGUCCAGUUGGUCCUGGACCCCAGCUUGGCCCUGCUGAGCCGUCGCCAGCGCCGCCUCAUCCGCCAGAACCCAGGGAUCCUCCACGCAAUCGCAGCCGGCCUGCACACUGCCAUCCAGGAGUGCAAAUGGCAGUUCAGGAACCGCCGCUGGAACUGCCCGACCACCCACAGCCCGGCAAUAUUUGGCAAAAUCGUCAACCGUGGUUGCCGAGAGACAGCGUUUGUGUUUGCGAUCACAAGUGCGGGGGUGACCCAUGCGGUGGCCCGCUCCUGCUCUGAGGGAGCCAUUGAGUCGUGCACCUGUGACUACCGUCGCCGGGGGCCUGGGGGCCCUGACUGGCACUGGGGCGGCUGCAGCGACAAUGUAGACUUUGGCCGGAUGUUCAGCCGGGAGUUUGUGGACUCUAGCGAGAGAGGAAGGGAUCUCCGAUACCUCAACAACCUACACAACAACGAGGCAGGGAGAAUGACAGUGUCGUCAGAGAUGCGGCAGGAGUGUAAGUGCCAUGGCAUGUCAGGGUCAUGCACCGUGCGUACCUGCUGGAUGCGUCUUCCCAGCUUCCGCGCCGUGGGGGACUUCCUGAAGGACCGCUUCGACGGAGCAUCCCGGGUUGUCUACGCCAACAAGGGUUCCAACCGCGCCUCUCACCGCGCCGACCCACGCCAUCUCGAACCCGAGAACCCCGCCCACAAACCCCCGUCAUCCAGAGACCUGGUCUACUUCGAGAAGUCGCCCAACUUCUGCUCCUACAACGGCAAGACGGGUACCCACGGUACCUCAGGGAGGACCUGUAACAGCUCGUCUCCGGCACUGGACGGGUGUGAGCUCCUGUGUUGUGGUAGAGGGUUCAAGACCCAGACUGAGAAGGUCACUGAGAGGUGUCACUGUACGUUCCACUGGUGCUGCCAUGUCAGCUGCCUCAACUGCACCAGCACACAGACGUUACACCAGUGCCUCUGAUCAGGGGAGAACCAGGAGGACAGGGAUGGGGAGAUGAAGAUGGACUGGUUCUUUGGGCAGGUGGUGUGUAGAUACAGGAAUAGAAUCCUGUGGGUUGCCUUGGUAGAGAAGGGAAGGGCUAACUCUAUAAAGGGGCAAUUGGGGGGUGAAAAAAAGUGAAUACCGGAGUACUAGAGUUUAAUCAAUGUUUUUUGGGAUGAAAGAAGAGAGAAAAUCACAACGUUCGACUACAGGGUGUAGAAGGAGGGAGUGUGUGUUGUGUGUGUACGUGUGUGUUGUGUGUGUGCGUGUGUGUUGUGUGUGUGCGUGUGUGCCUACGUGUGCUUGCUCCUGACGCUCUGUGGUAACGUGAGAGUAUGUAAGUGUGUUUACUGGGUAUUUAAAUGCUGUAGCUAUCCAACCAUGUAGAAUGGAAUGGAAACCAAUCCUCUCAAUGGCUUCCCAGCACGAGUAACAAGACCAGAUGCAGAUUAGGUAAAAUAAAGUAGUUAAACAGGAAAUAGAAUUGUGGCAAGAAAUAAACAACCAAAAUUAGUCUGAGAGAGACGCUGGGAUUUAAGGCUUUUGCCCUCUCUGACCUUACAAGAUACAGCUAGUCUCACUGUUCUCUCCACCUCUUCCCUCUACAGCAAGAGAGAGGAGUAUGGGCAGAGGAGAGAGGAGUAUGGGCAGAGGAGAGAGGAGUAUGGGCAGAGGAGAGAGG